AUCCUGCUGUUGUGUGAAAAGUAUGACCCUCGAUUAUUUCCCGCAAACACAAAAUCAUUGCCUCCUGAAAGGGUGACCAAAAUUCGCCUGUUGCUCUAUUUGCUGAAUCCGAUUACUUCAGCUGAAUACAAGGUAAACUAGUGCAGCCGCCAUGAUACUAAAUAUUUUACUCUUGUCUGUGCUUGUGUCUGCACUGGCGGUGAUUGUGUACGUCGUCCUACUACCUGUACCAGAGGGACUAGAAAACCCAUGGAAACUCAAGAUGUUAACAGUCACUAUGAAAGUGAUGUUUUUUCUUGGGGACUAUUUUCCGUCGACAAUGGCGAAAUAUCUCGACGAGCGUUCCCGGCCUGGCAUGCGUGAGAAGGGUCCAAACGUUCCCUACACAGACACCAUGUUUGAUGGGGUACUCGUGCGGGUAUUUGACGAUCAAAAGACCGGGGAGAUUUCCACCAAGCGCCCGGCGAUCGUUUUUUAUCAUGGUGGUGGCUGGCGAUUCGGCCACAUCGACAUGCAUCACGCAAUACUCUCCGUGUUUGCGAGAACUUUGGGUGUUGUUAUCAUCAAUGUUGAAUACCGUUUGGCCCCGAAGUACGUUUUCCCCGCUGCCAUAGAUGACUGUACAACAGCUACAGUUGCUUUCUUACGUCGCCUUGAAGAGUUCACUGUCGACCCAGCUAGAGUUGCUAUCAUGGGUGACAGUGCUGGAGGAAACCUUGCUGCAGCUGUUGCUCAGAGGUUGACCUUUGAUCCGAAGUAUGAGGGGUUACCCAAGCUGAAAUUGCAGGUGAUGAUCUACCCUGCUUUGCAGGCGUUUGACUUUCAGCUUCCGUCGUACCAGCAGAAUGGCGGUUAUUCCACUAUAGUUCUGGACGGUUAUAUGAUGGUUGCGUUCUGGGUAAUCUACCUUAACAACAAACCACAUCUUACAAGUGCAAUGCUACAAAACAAGCACACAACUCAACAAGCCAAAAUGUCGCCGAAAAUCAAAAAGCUGCUCUCACACGAUUAUAUCCCUGCUGAGUUUAAACAGAGUGGAUAUACAGCGCCACCAAUGGUCGAGGGUGACCAGGCGUUGUACGAGGAGCUACAUCCGGGUCUUAUGAAUCCUGACUUUGCUCCUCUUAUGCGAGAAGAUCUUCAAGGUCUACCGGAGGCGUACAUCUUAACGGCUCAGUUUGAUGUACUGCGAGAUGAUGGCAUCAUCUAUGCUAAACGUCUUGAAGAGGCAGGCGUUAAAGUCACUUGGAAACACUACAAGAAAGGCUUCCACGGCAUGUGUGGUCACAAAGAUAGCCCAUUCACCUCACCAACUGGAGUUGAGGCCACCGAAGAUCUCAUGGAAUUUAUUCGGAAAAAUCUUUAAAGGACUACCGACCAUAAGAGGGGGGAUCAGAUUUUGGGGGGGGUUGGAAAGAUUAUCACCCACACACUUUGUGCAAAAAAUUGUACACACACACAUAGCUACCCAGUUCUAACUUCUAAUAGAUUGGGGCCAUUUUUUUGUAGCAGGCUUCCAGAUGGAGCCUUCACACAAUGUGUAUAAUUCUUAGUGUUACUCCCUCACUAGUCUUGGUGCAAGACGUUUCUCUUUUCACUUUCACGCACACCGCGGCCAAUUCACCAACCGCACCG